AUGACCGGAGGACAGACGCUCCAUUGCCUGGAGCCGGAGAUCGGCCAGGAAGUGGCGGCAGCGGUUAUCAAACUUCAUGGGAAGAUUUGGCACCUGAGCCUCGUCCCCAAUCGCGAUCUCGUGGACGCAAGGAAGCACACCGUACAGAACGUAAAAGAUCUCGUACACCCCAUCAAUCUCAUCGUCGAAAGUCUGGCGGGCACCGGAGCUCACAUCAGCGUGACCGCUCACGUACCAAACAAUCGGAUCAUCGUCCAGGUCGCAUAG